GCUCUCUCACACAUUGCCUCCAGGUUGAUAUUCAGAGACUCGGAUGCUGGGGUAUUUUGACAAUCUUCCCAGUUGCACAUACGUUGAAGACCUGGAUAUCCUCAAAUUCGGCUGGUCUGAGCCCCGAGAUCAUUUUGCAUCAUGCCUGGCAUAGAACCUACGACGUCCCAGACGGGAAGCGCAGCACAAGGCGAACUGCGUUUCCCCCCUGUAACAAGAGACCACAUCCUCCACUGCUCUUAUGACUACUGGUUUCCCAAAUAUCGCACAUCAUGUAUCCGUUCCCGCAUCAUUCCAUUGACUCCUGAGUUCAUCUCCUACCUUCGCCAAGACGGCAUUAUCCUUGCCGACGAGGGCCCCGACAAAGCCAAUGACGACGGUACAGCCGCGUCCGACGACGAUGACGAGGAUGACUGGGAACCAUCGUUCCCAACCUCGGCCUACCCCCCACCACCUCGCGAGGAUCUUGCCGACGACGACUCCGAUUCGGAUUCUGACAUUGAAGAAGAACCCUCCGCCUCAACCCGUCGUCAACCCCCCAACCGUCUCUUCCCGGCCCUCCACGCCGAGAUAACCUCGGCCAUUGCUUCCUUAGGCGGCGCCGCAGCCCCCAAACUGAACUGGUCGUCCCCGAAAGACGCCACCUUCAUCUCGCGCCACCCCAACACAAUGAAAUGCACCUCCGCCAACGACGUGUACAUCCUCCUGAAAUCGUCCUCCUUCAUCUCGCACGACCUCGACCACGCCUUCGACGACACGGUCCCAUCGCCAUCAUCCAACCCGUCGUCACACCAUGCCAGUCCCAGCACGGCCGAUUUCAGACCGGUACUCGUGCUACGAACGUUCUUCAACCCGCUCCCCUCCCUCGAGUUCCGCUGCUUCGUCAAGGACCGCAACCUCAUAGCCAUCACGCAGCGCGACCUGAACUACUACGCCUUCCUCCCCUCCUUGCGCGGACAGAUCAUUGCGCGCGCCAGCGAGCUCUUCAAGAAGAUGCGCUUCACCUUUCCCGACACGUGCUUCGUGUUCGACGUCUACAUCCCCGAGGCCGACGACGAUCGCGAGGAUGAGUACGACGAGGAAGGGAAGAAGAAGGUGAGGCUGGGCCGAGCAAGGCUAAUAGAUAUCAAUCCCUGGGCACCGCGAACGGAUACCUUGCUCUUCGAUUGGACGGAGUUGUUGGAGAAAAGGGUUGCGAGGCCGCUUUUUGGAUCCGCCUCUUCCGACGACGUCCAGGAAGGACUCAUCGAUGAGGAGGAAGAGGAGGAGGAGGAGGAUAGGGAGGAAGAGGAAGAGGAGACGGAUGAGCCUGAGCUAAGGUUAGUGGAGCAAGAUGACCCCGCGGCGUACAACUUCUCGUCGCCUCAGUAUUCUGCGCAUAAGCUGCCCAAGGAUGUAGUAGAUGCGAGUUUAGGCGGCGAGGGAGGGAUCAGGGAGUUUGCGCAACGGUGGCAGAGGAUAACGGGGGGCACGUAGUAGCCAAGGGAGGACUUAGAAACAGAGCUGCGAUAUGCGGCAGAUGUGCUCUUCCUGUGCCAUUUUCCAAAU